UCUGAGAUCGAUCUGAUAUCUGAAGAUGAAUCAGAUAUUCAGAUUGGCCUUUCAGACCAAGGUGUCACUGCUGUCCGACGCAUUUCCAUUCGUCGAGAUGGCAAGUUGAUUCCCACCAAACACCUUAUUUUGACAUUUAAUAAACCGACUUUGCCAUCUGUUAUUACAGCAGGUUAUCUGCGCUGCCCAGUUCGCCCAUAUGUUCCAAAUCCGCUGCGUUGCUUUAAAUGCCAGCGAUUUGGACAUUCACAAACAUCGUGCCGAGGGAAAAGCAUAUGCGCACAGUGCGGAACUGAAGGUCACGAGAGUACUGAGUGUACCACUACUCCGUGCUGUGUGAAUUGCAAAGAUGCCCAUCCUGCCUACUCUCGAAAAUGCCUAGCAUGGCAGAGAGAGAAAGAAAUCCAGCGAGUAAAAACCAUUAACAACAUACCAUACCCGGAGGCUCGGCGAAUGGUCACUCAAAGCACAGUAGUGAAACAGAAAACAUUUGCUUCUGUGUUGAAAUCCACAAUGUCAUGUGGGGUUCAAACUGAUAUCUCUGUCUCCCCAAGCGAAUCUCUUACUCGCCAUGCGAAAUGUUUAAUACUCCCGUCUACACAAACACCAGAAAAGGAGAUCACAAAAGGAAAAACACCCCUGCCUAAAACAGGGGUAAUUACAAGAAACCUGGGUUCUAAAAAGGCUAAUAAGAACCCACUAAACAAACAGAGAGUGAAAGCAGCUCUCUCUAAACCUAAAAAUUCAGAGGCUCAGUCUAUGAGUGAGUUUUCUGACUUCUCUGAUGAAGAGAAGAAUAACGGGGUGACACCACCAACUUCACCUCCAAAAGGCAAAUCAGCUGUGAAAUUAAAGAGAGAUAACCUUGUUAAAAAUGCUGCCUCAAACACAUAA